UGAAGCGCUGAUGUUAAAAUAGCCGGAGAGGUUGCCGGGUAGAUUAUGGCAGUGGCCGCGGAGGAGGAGGAAGAAAAAGAGGAGGACGACGACGUUUGUGUGGCUCGUACUUUUGAGACGUGAGGAGUUUGAAGAUAAGAGAAAGUGGAGCAUCAGGUCAUGCCUCGAGGUCUGAGGAGCUUAGAGAGCCCGGAAGGCGGACCUAGCAGGUACGAGAGCCCCCCGGCGUCGGAACUGCAGCGGCUGAUGUGGACCAAGAAAGGCAGCGAGAGUCACCACAUGGACCAGGUCCAGUCGAGGAUCUACUUGGGAGACAUGCGUGCGGCCAAAGACAAGAGGAGCCUGCAGGCUCACCGCAUCAGCCACGUGCUCAACGCCGCCCACGGCAAGUUCAACGUCAACACGGGCGCCGCGUUCUACCGCGACACCAAGAUCACGUAUCACGGCGUGGAGGCCUUCGACAUGGUGACCUUUAACCUCACGCCCUUCUUUUACCCGGCAGCUGACUUCAUCAAGAGAGCUCUGGGCUCACCCACAGGUGGAGUGCUGGUCCACUGCGCCAUGGGUCUCAGCCGCUCAGCCACCCUAGUCCUGGCCUACCUCAUGAUCCACGAGAGGAUGACGCUCCCCGAGGCCAUCAAGGCCGUUAGCGCCAACAGAAACAUUUCGCCCAACGCCGGCUUCCUGCAGCAGCUGCGAGAGCUCGACAACGAGCUGCAGCGCCAUCAAGGGGUCGGGAGGUGCGACGUGCGGACUUAAAGUUCCACUUCCAAGGUUGGAAGUGGAGUGAAAUAAAAGAACUGUUUUGAUUUCUUGA